GCAAGAAAGGCAAGAUCAGUGGGCGGCAAGUACCAUUUUUUCUCUCGAUUUUGUACUCUGUCUUACCUUUCUAUCUCUCUCUCUGCCCCGUUUUUGCUUCAUCUUGCUUUUUCGUUCUUAUUCAGUCAAUCUAAUUGCAUUUCCUUCACUUUGCUUGCACUAGCUUGCUGUGCGAAGACUCCUGUGAUCACUUGGGAGUCUCUCUCUUUCUUUCUCCCUAGCUAAUCGUCUAUCUAUCAUCAUUUAUUUAAUUCAUUUAGUAGAUACCCUUUUUUUCAGUUUUGAGUUUAAGAAGUAAACCAAGAGUGGUUUUGAGGGUUGUAAUUAAGCAAUGGCUGCUGAUCCAAAACCAGAAGAGAUAAGUCACCCUCCAAUGGACCAACUUCAAGGGUUAGAGUAUUGUAUUGAUUCUAACCCAUCUUGGGGGGAGGCUGUAGCUUUGGGUUUUCAGCAUUAUAUUUUGGCUUUAGGAACUGCUGUUAUGAUCCCUUCAUUUCUUGUUCCUUUGAUGGGUGGUAAUCAUGGUGAUAAAGUGAGGGUGGUACAAACUCUACUUUUUGUUGAAGGGAUCAACACACUUCUUCAAACACUGUUUGGGACACGCUUACCGACCGUAAUCGGAGGAUCUUAUGCAUUCAUGGUCCCCAUUAUAUCAAUAAUUCAUGACCCUUCUUUGAUGAGAAUUCCUGAUGACCAUUUGAGAUUUCUUAGCACAAUGAGAGCAGUCCAAGGUGCUCUAAUAGUAUCAUCAAGCAUACAAAUAAUUCUGGGGUACAGUCAGUUAUGGGCCAUUUCUUCCAGAUUCUUCAGUCCACUUGGAAUGGUUCCAGUCAUUGCAUUAGUAGGUUUUGGCCUGUUUGAUAGAGGCUUCCCCGUGGCUGGACAGUGUGUAGAAAUUGGCUUUCCCAUGCUUAUCCUAUUCGUAAUCUGCUCCCAGUACUUGAAAAAUUUUCAGACAAAACAAGUGCCGAUACUGGAGCGGUUUGCUCUCCUUUUAUCGAUCACAGUGAUAUGGGCAUAUGCUCACCUCCUGACAGCCAGUGGUGCGUACAAACAUCGUCCAGAAAUUACCCAAAAAAACUGUCGAACUGAUCAAGCGUACCUCAUUUCUUCUGCUCCAUGGAUAAAGAUCCCAUAUCCUCGUCAAUGGGGUGCUCCCACCUUUGAUGCCGGCCAUUGUUUCGGAAUGAUGGCUGCUGUUUUUGUCUCACUGAUUGAGUCAACUGGAGCAUACAAAGCUGCGUCACGUCUAGCAAGCGCCACCCCACCUCCAGCUCAUGUUCUUAGCCGUGGUAUUGGCUGGCAGGGCAUUGGGAUCCUAUUGGAUGGAUUAUUUGGAACAAUGACAGGCUCAACGGUCUCUGUAGAAAACAUUGGGCUGCUUGGAAGCACUCGUGUUGGAAGCCGCAGGGUUAUUCAAAUCUCAGCUGGGUUUAUGAUAUUCUUCUCUGUAUUAGGAAAAUUUGGAGCUUUAUUUGCGUCAAUACCCUUCCCUAUAUUUGCUGCUGUCUACUGUGUGUUGUUCGGUCUUGUUGCUUCCGUGGGGCUGUCAUUUUUGCAAUUCACAAACAUGAACUCAAUGAGAAACCUUUUCAUCACUGGCGUUGCCUUCUUUCUCGGCUUGUCUGUCCCUGAAUACUUUAGAGAAUAUACCACCAAGGCCUAUCAUGGUCCCGCUCAUACUAGAGCUGGAUGGUUCAACGAUUUCCUCAACACUAUCUUCUUCUCAUCCCCAACUGUUGCACUGAUAGUCGCUGUUUUCUUAGACAACACACUUGACUACAAGGAAAGUGCCAGAGAUAGGGGAAUGCCAUGGUGGGUUAAGUUUCGGACAUUUAAAGGAGACAGCAGGAAUGAGGAAUUCUACACCCUUCCUUUCAACCUUGAUCGUUUCUUCCCUCCAUCUUGAGGUAACUUCAAUUCCAAAGAAGGAUGUUAGAGGAAAAACAUCAUUUCCAGUUCAAGGGGGGACCGGGGAUUACAACAACUAUAGCGAGGAGGAGUGAAACAAAGGAUCCAUUUGCUGGCAGAGAAUGACUCCUCUGCUUUCUCUUCUCUCGUUUUCAUUUGUUUUAUGUGUUUGACUUGGGUAGGUCAGGUUUAUUACAAUAAAUCUAAUUCAUUGUCCCUUGCAUUCAUCAGUUCAAUUCAUUAUUUUAUGAUCCA